CUCUGCAAGAGUUUAUUACGUUUCCAGGUACCGAAGCACAAGUGCAGGUAGUACCUCAAGGAAUAGAGUCAGUCAAUGGAUCUAGUGUGACAAUGGGAUGUACUAGUCCACUAGUAGACAGUGGUGGUGUGAUGACAGUGAUGGUGUGAUGGUGUGUGAGUCGCAAAGCUAUCUGUUUGAUGGUUGCUCUCCUGAUAUUGACACAAGUACCUCUGACUGGGCAUCUCGGCUAGUGACAGUGAGGAAGAAUGAGGGAACUCCUGGUAUCACUUUCCCUCAUGUUCUG